GAAACACAGAGGGGGAGGUAGAGACUGAGACUCUUACUCAGGAAGUCCCCUUCACUUUGGCUUUGUUGCAAAACGGCCUCUUGGCAUCUUUAAACAUAUAUAGACACCCCCCACCCCCUCCUGAAUACACACACCUCCUCAAUCCAAAGGCUCGGGUGUGCGGUUCUUCAUGCAUUCACUCUCCUGGAGGAGGGGGUGGGGGAGUUGCACGCUUUCUGAUGAGUUAACAGCCAAAGGCAAAAAAAAUAAAUUAGGGGAGGGGAGUGUCUCUGCCCAUCUCCGCGUCUGACAAAGCCACGGCAGAUUGGAACAGAAGCCGGGGCAGUGCAGGAGGUGAUCGGAGCAAGGCCACAGCACAGAUUCCUUUCCCUCCCCAGGUCAAGCAAGCAAGGCUGGUCAUGUCUAAGAACAGAAGGUCCCGGUGGUAUUUCGGGGGCUUGGCUUCCUGCGGGGCAGCGUGCUGCACGCACCCUUUGGACCUCCUCAAGGUCCACCUGCAGACCCAGCAGGAAGUGAAGAUGAGGAUGACUGGGAUGGCAAUCUAUGUCGUUCGGAACAAUGGCUUCCUGGCUCUCUACAACGGACUGAGCGCCUCACUGUUCCGCCAGCUCACCUAUUCCCUGACCCGGUUUGCCAUCUAUGAGACAGUGAGGGACCGGCUGACUGGAGGGAACACACAGGCCAUUCCGUUUUACAAGAAAGUUCUACUCGGAGCAUUCGGAGCGGGAGGGGGCUGGUUUGUAAAGUCUGUGACCUCCUUGUUCCUUCCUUUUUUUGGCAGGAUGCAGAAUGAUAUGAAACUCCCGGCACCAGUUCGGAGGAACUACAAACACGCUGUGGAUGGCCUUUACCGAGUCCUUCAGGAAGAAGGCAUUAAGAAGCUAUUCUCUGGAGCAACUAUGGCAUCAACCCGUGGGGCCCUGGUUACGGUCGGACAGCUGGCCUGUUAUGAUCAAGCGAAACAGUUAGUCCUCAACACUGGCUUCCUGUCAGACAACAUUUGCACCCACUUCCUGUCCAGUUUUAUCGCUGGUGGCUGUGCCACAUUUCUCUGCCAACCGCUGGACGUUCUCAAGACCAGACUGAUGAACUCGAAAGGGGAAUAUCAGGGUCUCUGGCACUGUAUCAUUGAAACGUCUCGAUUGGGCCCACUUGGGUUUUACAAGGGUUUAGUUCCAGCUGGAAUCCGGUUGGUCCCUCACACCGUCCUGACUUUCAUUUUCCUGGAACAGUUGAGGAAUCGCUUUGGAUUUCUGGUGCAGACAUGAUCAGCUGAUCACCAUUCCGAUCCCUCAUUGACCAACUUUCCUCUUGAAUGACCAACCUUUCACUGGAAUCCUUUGUGAAUCUCAUCAAGUUUCCCACAACCCAGGCCCCACACCUGCUGCACGGAGACCCAGGGCCUGGUCAGUAUAUUAUCGUCUUUCCUAACCAUCAUGUGUCGACUUGCACUGCUCUGUCCGUGAUGGGGGAAGCGUUUACAGACCUCCCUCUCCCUCUACGAAAACUGGCAGAAAACCUCGAGUCGCUGAUCUCCUGUUGUAGAAAGUCUGUCAGUGCCUUAAUUAGAAAAUGGACCCCGUUCCACUCUCCUGAGUGAACCCCCUCCCAUUCCUCAUUAGAAAAGCUCCCUUCUCUGUGGUUUUUACUGGCUCUGUUGACAUUGGUAAGCUGGGUGAUGCCAGUGAGGGGUGACAUUGGUGGUGGUUCUAGAAUGAUCUGCAGCCAUCACCAUGUCAACCCUGUUCACCUGGAUAGCAGUUGGCACCUACAAUGGCUGUCAUUGCCCCUGCCAAUGAGAGAGCACUGGGAGUGCUCACUUGCUCACGCUGCCUUCCAUGGUCGAUCAGCCAUGUGUGUGUCAGAGGCUCACAGUGUCGGAGUUUGAUGUCGGGUCACACUGCUCCGGGGAAUGGAUCUGAGUUAAUAUCUCGAGUCCAGUACAACCCCGUACCAGUUCAGACACAUUCUCACGUUGGACCUGAAGCAUUAACUGUUUCUCUCUCUCUCUCUAUCAGUGCUGCCAGACUUGCUGAGUUUCUUCAGCAAUUUAUGGUCAACAUUCCAAAAGCACGACACGGUGUCCAAGGGCAAUUGGGGAUGGGUCAUACUGCUAAUGAUAACCACACCCUGUGACAAUUAAAAAGCAAUCCAUCAAUCCGUAGCCUUCCUGGCUUUGACUGCUUGUCCAAUCUCCGAAUGGAAGUGGAAAGUCGUUUUUCCCCCCAAUAAUCUAAUAAUGUGUACUGAGUAAUAAGACAUUGAAAAGGGUCAGACUAGGUUAUGUGUUCCAGUUAAAGGAGUCAGACUUGAAUUCAAAAUCUUCAGACCCUGAGGCAAAGACAGAUGUAGAAAUACUGUAGGCUGCUAGACUAUUGCAAUGAUUUGAAUGGAAUUUGAGGGACCAGGAAGUCCCAACAGUCAGGCUCUUUGGGAAGGAGAGGGAGUUUAAUUGCAGCUUUUUGAAAAUUAGUGUAAGGACAUUGCCUGUCGUCGUUGGGUAUCAGCACGUCACUGAGUGGAUUAAAGUUGGAUCACAGAGUUGGAAGUGUUGCAUUCCUAAUAUAGAACUGCAUGGAAGGAUGGGCUGGGCCACAAUGUCGGUGUAAAUUCCAAUGUUUAACAAUAAAAUCACAGCUCAAAUCA